CCAGCCUUUGUUACAACGUUUGCUCUGUUUCGGCUACACGACUGGAGUCCACAGACGUUCAUGCGAUGUCCACUUGAGCAUGUCCUGUACAUUGGGUCUUCCGGUAGUCCUCUGCGAGGCAGGCACGACGGAUAAUCCGCGUCCUUGGCAAGACUGGCAAUUCCCUUCAAGGCUCGCUGGGCACGGCAACGCAUUCAUACCGAGGGCCUUCGGCGCUGUCUUCCGCCCCGAAAGCUGUUGUUCCCUCCGCCGGGACGCUCGUAUGGACGUCGGAUAUCUGGCUGCAAAAUGGACUAGAAGAAUAUUCGAAGCCGCGGGCAGAGCUUCCCGAGAUGUAUCUUAUCAUUGCUGAUUGCCUCCUUGACCAACUGAGAAGGUAUCUUGAUCGUUUUUGUUCAACUUCAAGUCCGAUUCCCAGCGCAAGCCCUUCGAACUCGUCGCUGUUCCCGACACUCGUUGCCACAUCACUGCGAACGGUCGUCCACCACGUCCACAGGACGCCCCCAUAUGUUCUCUGCG